UUCCACACUCGGCCAGAGGACGGGACACGGUGAGGAGUUGCUGUGUCGCUCAUUCUAACCCCCCCUCUCUCCUGUCGUCACCCCCAUUGCCCUUGUUGUUUAGUUGCCUCUUCAUUAGUUCGUGUACACGGUUAGCUAGUUUCAGUCAUGUAUCGGUAUUUCGGGGAGCUGCUGAGCCGCUCUGCGGGUAGUGCCCUGGCCUCGGGCUGCGUUGACUCCGCUCUCCCGGUGUCCUCGUCCUUGAUGCGGGGGGUCCGUCGCUACGCGGACGCAGCGGACUCGCCGGACGACCCCAACUUCUUCCGGAUGGUCGAGGGCUUCUUCGACCGCGGCGCCAGCAUCGUGGAGGACAAGCUGAUCGAGGAUGUGAAGACCAGGGAUACCCCCGAGCAGAAGAGGAACCGUGUGCGUGGCAUCCUGCGCAUCAUCAAGCCGUGUAACCACGUCCUGAGCGUGUCUUUCCCCAUCAAGAGGGAUAACGGAGAGUGGGAGGUGAUAGAGGGGUACCGCGCCCAGCACAGCCAGCACAGGACACCCUGCAAAGGGGGUAUCCGUUACAGUCCAGAUGUGUCUGUUGACGAGGUCAAAGCUCUGGCCUCUCUGAUGACCUACAAGUGUGCCGUUGUCGAUGUGCCAUUUGGGGGAGCCAAAGCUGGAGUCAAGAUCAACACCAAGAAUUACUCUGAUAAUGAGCUGGAGAAGAUUACCAGGAGAUUCACCAUUGAGCUGGCCAAGAAGGGCUUUAUUGGACCUGGCAUCGACGUCCCGGCCCCAGACAUGAGCACAGGAGAGAGGGAAAUGUCCUGGAUCGCCGACACGUACGCCAACACCAUUGCACACACUGACAUCAACGCCCACGCGUGUGUGACAGGGAAGCCCAUCAGCCAGGGAGGAAUCCACGGACGUAUCUCAGCCACCGGUCGUGGAGUUUUCCAUGGCAUCGAGAACUUCAUCAAUGAGGCGUCCUACAUGAGCAUGGUGGGCCUCACACCCGGCUUCCAGGACAAGACCUUCGUCAUCCAGGUACACACACGUACACACACACACACACACGUACACACACACACGCACACACACACGCACACGCGCACACACGGUUUAAUCAAAGAAGAAACAUUUUAGAUGGAAACAGGAGUGAUGAGACCCUAAAUGUGCUGCAGAUAUCUGCACACAGAUACUCAAAGGAUUUAAGUUUUCAUUUGAAAUCAUGAUGAAGUGUUUUAGAGCUUCAAUCAGAGUCAUGCCAUCUGUUUGAGCCCGGACCUGAUCUCCUCUUGCUGAGCAGACAGCAGUGAACCGAAGGAGGUUUUAUUUCUUUGUUCAUGACAGAGCGGGACCAAGUAACAGUCUUUUGGUAGAAACUUCUCUAAUUUCUGCUUGUCAAGGCUUGUGAGUCAGUUUUGUUAAGUUAUUGAGCCCAAUGUUUUGUCUCGCGUGUCAUGGACGGACGGACACACACACACACACACACACACACACACAAUUGCAAUAUGACUUGCAAUAUUGGAGGGAAUAAUAAUUUAUACAUCAUUUUCAUUGAAAAACAUAUUACAAUAUGAUGUGAUUUUUGUUGGAACUGUACCAAAAAAAGAUGUCUUCUCAAUUCUGCAGAAAAUGAUUUGUAGGCGGGGCCAACAUUUCGCCUUUAACAAAUCUUUAGCCUGCUGUGAUUUUAUAAUUGCUGUAGGCUGUACUGCGAUCUCGAUACACUUUUGAUUAAUUGCGUUGCCCUACGAACAACCCUGCAUGUGUAACAUUCAGACACAAAGAGGAUCUGCUCUGUUUACUUACAAGGAUUAAAAUCACACAUUUAAUUAUCCUUUCCUUGGUUUGUUUUUUAUUUUAUUUUUUAUAGAGAUUUGUAAAGAGUUUAUUUUUCCAGCAACAAUAAAUAAAACUAUUAGAAAUGUUGAAGAGGGAUGACGUCUGUGUGUGAGGGAUGAGAAGGUGAAGAAGUGAUCACAGCAGCUGAACCAUGACGUGGAUGUUCAAAAAGCUAAUCCCCCUGUGUGUGUG